AAGAAAUUUCAAGAAUCCUGAAAGCAACGAACAAUUUAAAAAUUGGCAGGAUCUCAGGUUCACGAACCAAUUGCAGAACCCGUUCACAAAGUGGAUACUAUUGACGCAAAGGCAGACGCUGGCUAUGCUCUGGAAUUGAAGAAGAAUGGACUCAGUGUUAAACACAGCUUUGGAAGAGAUAUGCGCAGAGGUUGAAGACGGAGUUACUCUUCAAUCCCUUUGGUCAAAACUCGAAUCUUCUCUCUCCUCUCCUCUCUCUCCCUCCUUCAAACAUUCAAUCUUCACUAACCUCCUUCGCAUUCCCACUCUCCGUUUUGAACCCUCAAACCCUAACUUCCAUGAUCAUCCCAAUGUCAAAAUCUUCCCUCAACAAACCCUCACCGACAACUUCCUCGGUCUUUACGAUUCCCAAUCACUCCAACAUUCUCAACUUCGCGUCCUUCAACUUCUCUCUAAUGCAAGACACAACGGCAUUACUCAAACUCAACUUGCUAAACAAUUGCGAAUUGAUCCUAAUAACUUUCACUACGUUUUGAGGAGUUUGGAGUGUCAGGGUUUAAUCGUCAAACGUGCCGCCAUUGAAAAGAAGAAACAAGUUUCCGAUUCCAAAUCCAAUUAUUAUACGCCUGUCAAUAUCACUACUCAUUUGGUUUACUUACGUCGCUAUGCUAAACAACUUGCUUCUCAUCAGAGAUUUGAAUUUCAAAUUACCAAAUUUGACAAAGACGGCCAAGAAACCCAACUUCAAACUGAUGUCCUUGUUAAGGAUUAUGAACCUCAAAUCAAAGCUAUUUGUGACAAACUAGCAAAUGCCAAUGGCAAGGUUCUACUUGUGGCUGAUAUUAAGAAGGAUCUUGGUUAUUGCGGAUCGCGUCCGAGACAAAGGGCAUGGAGACAAAUUGCUAGCAGGUUGAAAGCGCAUCGAAUUGUGGAGCAGUUUGAUGCUAAGGUCAAUGGCAAGAUUGAGGCUUGCAUGAGGCUUCUUGACCCAAUACCUACUGGAUCUAAAGAUGACAAUAAAAACUCAGACUCUGGGAAUAUAUGUCAAGUCACUGAUCAGUUUGUGGAGCUUCCUAUUGAACAUCAAAUUUUUGAUAUUAUUGACACUACAGGAUCAGAUGGCAUUACUGUAAAGGAGAUAUGUGAGAGGCUACAGAUUGAUCUGAAAAAGAAUCACAUUCGACUUAUAAAUUUGUGCUACAGAUUUGGAAUGAAAGUGCAAGAAGAACAAUGCCUUAAGUCUAAGACAAUUCGAGUUUGGACAUCUAGAAAUUUCAACCCUGAACUCGAAGUUGCACUUAUUCACAAGUUUGAUGAAAAUAAAAUUUUGGACCAACAUGUGAAUGAUUGUUCUUCAAAAAUAAGAUCUGAAUUUGAGACGUCAACUUUCGAUGGAGAACUUGUCGAUCCUGACAAAUUGGAAGGUAUAGGAGCUGGUGCAGAACUAUCAUGUGCAUCUCCAAGCAAUGUUGAGUCUAACUAUGUAGAAACACCAACAAACUUGCAAGUGUCACCCCUUGACCAAAGGAGUACCAUUUCUCACAGCAAAUCAGUCAGUUUACCAAUGGAGGCAAACAUUGGGUUAUCAGAAGCUUUUCCAUCUGAUGUAUCGACCCCAUUCUCUGCUGGAUCAUAUCAAAGAUAUACAAGUCUAUCGUUCACUGCUGAUAGCACUAAAAGGGCAAUCAGGAUACUAGAAAGACUAAAGGACGAAAGGUUUGUUUUGAGACCAGAUCUAAAUAGGUGGCUUAAUAGCUUUGAGGAUAAGUCUAAAAAAGUGGAUCGCAAGACUAUAGAUCGAAUAUUGACUAAACUUCAGGAACAAGGGCAAUGCAAAUGCAUAACAGUAUAUUCCCCUGUUAUUUCUGAAUAUUCGAGGACCAAAGAUUGCGUGGUUGUUUUGCAUCCAUCCAUAAGUCUAUCUCCUGAGUUAUAUGCUGAAAUACAAGAUAAAGUGAGAUCAUUUAAUAAUUAUGUUCGCAGCAAAGGUAUGUGUCGUCAGAAAAAUGAUGAAUUGAUGCCUGUAAUGGAGGAUAUUCAGAAAUCUCAGAGCCUUGUUCCAGGUCGGCAGACUGAUAAAGCCGAAGCCAUGAAGGCUAAUGGAUUUAUAUUGGCAAAAAUGAUUCGUGCAAAGCUUUUGCACAGUUUUCUUUGGGAUUAUCUGCAUAGGUCAGAAAACCAUGGUGAUGCUUUAUCAUCUAACGGGCUAGCUGAUAAUCCUCAUAGUAACAGCAAACUAUUUUCUCUAAGUGCCGCUAUUAAAGCAAUUCCAGUGGAACUAUUUUUACAAGUUGCUGGAUCCACUGAAAAAUAUGAAGAAAUGAUUCAAAAAUGCAAGAUGGGUUUAUGUCUCUCUGAUCUUCCUUCUAACGAGUAUAAGUGUUUAAUGGAUACUCUUGCAACUGGUAGACUGUCAACAGUUAUUGACAUUUUAAGUCGAUUAAAGCUCAUUCGGAUGAUAACUACACAUGCUAGCGAUGGUGUUAUAACCCCGCAUACUUUGACACACAUGAUGGAACUUAGGCCUUACAUUGAAGAACCCGUUUCAAAUGAUGCAGCAUCUUUAAAUUUUAUAUCUCUUGAUCUUCGACCAAGAAUCAGGCAUGAUUUCAUUCUAUCUAAUAGAUAUGCAGUUGAUGAAUAUUGGCGAACAUUGGAAUACUGUUAUGCUGCAGCUAAUAAAAAAGCUGCUUUAUAUGCAUUUCCUGGAUCUGUGGUCCAUGAGGUUUUCCGCUUCCGUUCAUGGGCAUCUAAUCGUCUAAUGACAGCUGAACAACGUGCUGAGCUUUUAAAGCAGGUUACUAAGGAUGAUCUUAGUGAAAAGAUUUCUUACAGGGACUGUGAGAAGAUUGCAAAGGAUCUGAAUCUUACCUUGGAGCAGGUACUUAGCUAUAGUAAGCGUCGCCAUUGCCUUAAUCAGUUCAAAGAUGAACAGAGUGAAAAUAGUUCACCUGAACGCAAAGGUAACUCAUCUUGUCGCAGGAAGAACAAUUCUCUCGAGUUGAGGCCAACAAAGCAUUCAAGAGUUGAUGCAGCGACUGAUGUUAUGGAUAAACACACAGAUGAUCAACGCAAUAUGGGUAUUUAUUCAGGGGAGCAAGCGCCCCAUAUGCAAGAGUUUGAGGAGGGUAGUAGCCGGUGUAUCUUAACUGGAAUGAAGCCACCACGACAAAGCAGAUUCAUAUGGUCAGACAAAACUGAUAGGCAAUUGGUGAUCCAAUAUGUUAGACACCGUGCUGCUCUUGGUGCCAAUUACCAUCGGAUAGAUUGGGCCUCACUUUCUGAUCUUCCGGCUCCUCCACGUGUUUGUAUGAGAAGAAUGAAUUUUCUGAAUGGUAACUUACGAUUUAGAAAAGCUGUGAAUAGACUCUGUAACAUGCUCAGUGAACGAUAUGCAAAACAGCUGGACAAGUCCCAGAACUUGUCAUCAAAUAAAGAUGAUUGCAGACUGUUUGUGCAAUCCCAGUCUAGUAAAGGUGUUCACAAUAGUUUUUGUCCUGAUGUUGACAUUCAAAUGAGCAGUCUUAAUGGAGAAGCCUGGGAUGACUUUGAGAAUAAAAGUAUUAAGACCGCCCUUGAUGAGAUUCUUCGCUGCAAAACGAUGGCCAAGCUGGACGCUUCCUACCAAAAUGUUCAAUCACAAAAUGAAGGCUGGAAUAGAUAUGAAUCUCAAGAACAUGAAAAAACUACAUCAGCUAUUCCUAGUAAGAUUUUUCAGAGUCACAGCGAGAAGGCCCAUACAUUUUCUUCCCAAAGAUCUCGUCAUUGCCGGCUUGAUAUGAAAUUUUCUAGGUUUCUAAACAAUAGACCUAGUAUUUAUGGACAAGUACAUGAUUCAUUGGCAGUUUCAAAUGCCGUGGAGCUAUUUAAGCUUGUUUUUUUAAGCACCGCUACCAGUCCACAGGCACCAAAUUUAUUAGCAGACAUUCUCCGGCAUUACUCAGAGCAUGAUCUAUUUGCUGCUUUUAGCUACCUUAGAGAAAAAAAAAUCAUGGUUGGGGGCAGCGACAGUGAUGAACGAUUUGAACUCUCAUUGCAGUUCUUGCAUAGUGUGUCUAAGUCACCAUUUCCAUGUGAUACUGGAAACCAAGCUGUCAAAUUUUCUGCGUGGCUGAAGGAAAGGGAUAAAGACCUCACCGAGAUGGGGACUGAUCUUGCUGAAGAUCUUCAAUGUGGGGACACUUUUCAUUUGCUUGCUUUGAUCUCAUCAGGAGAACUUUCAAUUUCACCAAGCUUACCAGAUAAUGGUGUUGGAGAAGCCGGUGACUUGAGAAGUGCUAAGCGUAAAUCUGAUGCUAGUGGGUCUUCCUUUAAUGAGAAAGCCAAGAAACUGAAAUCCUUGUCUGGAGGAGAGGGUGAAAUUAUUUCUCGCAGGGAAAAAGGUUUUCCUGGUAUAAACAUUUCUGUACACCGCACUGCAGUUUCAAGAGCUGAUAUCUUAGAUUUGUUCAAGGAUAAUGAUAACAAUGACCAACAUUUCGAGGGGAAUUUUCAUUUGAAAAUGGACCAAAGCUGUAAUUAUUCCCUUGCUGAUCAUAUGCUGGAAACCUUUAACUCAUGUGACCCAGUACCUAAGGAAGAAAGUCAUGUUGAAUCACCUUGGGAAGCUAUGGCAGAGUAUGCAAGACGAUUGAUGACGGUACCUUCCAAUCAAGAACAAGAAUGUCCCAUUUGUUCUGAGGUCUUCACGGUUGUUUAUGCUGCCAUCCAGAAGGCUGGUGACCGAGGAUUAAGCAUGGGAGAAAUUUCCCACAUUAUAAACUUGCCAGGAGCUGAAGUAGAUGAACUGAUUGUUGAUGCUCUUCAAGCAUUUGGAAAAGCCUUAAAGGUCAAUGCUUAUGAUUCUGUUCGUAUUGUUGAUGCUCUGUACCGUCACAAGUACUUUUUGACAUCUAUGUCUGGUUUUCAUCGUGUUGUUCAACCUUCCUCAAACAAGACCAUUAAGAAAAGUGAUAAUGCAUGCAAGCUUUACAAAUCAGAAGAAAGUGCCUCUGCUUCUGCUGAUGUUCUGAGGGAAAGAAUCACUGGCCUUGAUAAUGUGCACAAAGUGACAAUUCUUAAUCUUCCUCACGAGGGUGUGGAUCCUGAAAAUCAAGCUUGUGACAGGAAUGAAGGCUGCAUGCAAGACAGACUUGGCUCGUCAGGAGGUGAUCAUGAGAAAGAAAUGCUCAAAUUUUCUUCUGGUGAUUUAUGUGUGCCAAUAUUGCCAUGGAUCAAUGGAGAUGGGACCAUCAAUAGCAUUGUUUACAAGGGACUUCGGCGUCGUGUUCUUGGAAUAGUGAUGCAGAACCCAGGGAUAUUGGAGGAUGAUAUUCUACGUCAGAUGCAUGUGUUGAAUCCACAGAGCUGUAGAACUCUUCUGGAAUUGAUGGUUCUGGAUAAACACCUAAUUGUGAGGAAAAUGUAUCAAACUAGAUUUGGUGGAGGCCCCUCUAUGCUACAGAAUCUUAUUGGAAGCAAAUCACGUCAACAGAAGUUGAUUUGUGCUGAGCAUUUCUUUGCCAAUUCUAUGAGUUCUUCCUUGUUGUAGUGAUACUAGGGAAUGUGGUGGUGUGGACAUAUUGAACAGAGUAAGUAGAUAACACAUGUAUAGGAGGAAAUUUUGGACACUAGUCUUGAAAUUCACGAGAAUCGGCUUAGGCAACUUGUAAUAUAUUUUAAGCUUUGCCUUAGGAGCCUUCUUAUUA